UUUCGCAGUCAGCUUAGAGAGCGGUAGUCAUAAUUUUCGCCAACACCGUUGUUGUGAUAUCAGUCGGAAAACGAUCGCGCUACCAGAAACAACACGUCACGAUAAAGCGCGCACGACCGUCGCAUGCAUACCAUAUCCAAUAAGCAAACUACAUAAAUAACAACAAAUACGAAACUGGCCAGUAAGACAAGCGCGAGUGCUCGUCGUCGUAUAACAGACAGACAUUACUCUACUGCUGGUAACAAUAACAGCAAGAGGACGAACUCUUGUAGCAGGAGUGGCAACAACAACAAAUAACCAACCUUUAUUUGGUAGUGAAUUGUGAAUUUGUGGCAGUAAAAGACGUGUGUGCGCGAGUGUGUUAGUGAGUGCGCGAUUUAAACGCAUUUUAAAAAGAUGGCGGAUUCCACCACUUCAAUACCAACUUCCAAAGAGAAGUCAGCUUCAGUAUUCACGCUGAAUGAUUUCAACUCACGCACCAACCUAACCGAAAAGGCACAGCUUAGCGAUGUAUACAACCCAGCGGACUAUCGUGACCAGGAGAAGGGUCAAACGACAGGUGGCGCAUUGGCACAUUUGUUGAAAAGUUCAUUAGGUACCGGUAUUCUCGCCAUGCCAAUGGCUUUCUACAACGGCGGUUUAGUAUUCAGUAUGGUUGCCACGGUGAUUGUGGGCAUCCUUUGUACGCAUUGUGUGCAAAUAUUGGUUAAAACAUCACAAGAUAUUUGCAAAGAAAUCAGAGUACCUGCCUUGUCAUUUGCCGAAACCGCUGAGAAGGUUUUCGAAAAUGGACCAAAACCUUUGCGACCAUGGUCGAAUUUUGCGAAGCAAUUCGUUGAUUACGGUCUGAUGGCCACCUAUUUCGCUGCCGCUUGCGUUUACAUGGUGUUCAUUGCUACAUCAUUUCACGAUGUAAUCAACUAUGACACCGGUCUGAAAUGGGAUGUGCGUAUUUAUAUUGCGAUGACUGUAAUACCUUGCCUAUUAAUCGGACAAAUAAGAAAUCUGAAAUGGCUAGUACCAUUUUCGGCUAUGGCCAACGUAUUUAUUGUGGUCACAUUCGGUAUAGUGUUGUACUACUUGUUUAGCGGUUCAAUGGUGUUCUCAGACAAACCAUUGAUUGCGAAAGCCUCACAAAUACCACUCUACUUUGCGACUGUCAUCUUCGCCAUGGAGGGUAUUGGUGUAGUUAUGCCAGUUGAGAAUACCAUGAAGCAACCACAACAAUUUCUGGGCUGCCCGGGAGUGCUUAAUACCGCUAUGAUUGUCGUAGUGUCAUUGUAUGCGAUCAUCGGUUUCUUAGGUUAUGCACGUUAUGGCAGUGAGGUGCUUGGCAGCAUUACGUUGAAUUUAACGGAAGGCACACCUUUGGCUGAUACGGCGAAAUUGUUGAUGGCUGUUGCUAUACUCUUCACCUACGGUCUGCAGUUCUACAUUCCCAAUGAGAUACUGUGGAAAAAAAUUAGUCACAAAUUCAACGAACAAUAUCACAAUCGGACACAAAUACUUUUACGUACCGGUAUUAUAUUGAUUAGUGGUGGUGUUGCUGCAGCUAUACCCAAUCUGGAACCAUUCAUCAGUCUUGUGGGCGCCAUCUUCUUCUCACUGUUGGGCAUCUUUGUGCCCAGCGUGUGCGAGACAGUUUACUUGUGGCCCGAUCGUUUGGGCUGGUGCAAAUGGAAACUGUGGAAGAACAUCUUUUUGGGUGCCUUUGCGAUAUGCGCACUGGUGGCUGGCUCUGCAGCGAGUGUACGUGAAAUCAUUAAAAUUUACACGGAAUAAGCUUGUAGAUAUUUGUAAUGUUAGCAUAAGUUUUAAAGUUGUAGUUUUAUGUGCCAAACUAAGGUCCUUUAAGCAUACAUUUUAAAUAGGAAUUUUAAUGUUUGUACAUACAAUAAUCCAUUGUUUAGUACCUGUGAUUUAAAUGUGUGAACGUGAUUCGCUUUUUAAGCAAAUUUAGUGCUAAACCACAGUAUUUAAUUAUUAACAGCUUAAAUUAUACUUAGCCUUGCCAAAGACUGUAUUUUUUCUAUAUUUACUUCAAUGCUGGCAGUGUGACUCGGAUGUCAAUAAUAUUAAACGCUAACAGAGUGACACACACUUAUCAAUUGUUAGAGUGAGUUAAAAGUUGAAAAUUAAACGGAAUGGUAAUCGUAGGCGUAAUACAGUUGGCAGUUAGAGUAUGGCGAAGGCUAGAGUCGAACAGAAAUUUAUUUACUUAUUUUUGUGAAGAAUUAACUAUAAUUUAUUAAUAAACUUUGUUAUAUCAUAAUUUUAGUUUAGAAUUUCGUUAACUGCUUUAAAUAAAGCAAUUGCGAUAUUAAUUUUUAUAAAUAUAUUAAUUCAAAAUUAAAUUAAUAAAUUAUAGGUUUUGUUGACAUUUAUAAACGGUUUAAAAACUGAACUGUGUAAACAAUAAACUAAUAAACAAAAUAAUAUAAUUUGUACGCAAAAAAAAAUGUUAAAAAACUUUAUCAUAUUUCACACGAUAAAAUCUUAAACAACACAAAAUAAAAAAAAUAUAUAAAUUAAAUAUAAUUUGUAAAGAAAUAAUAUAAAUAUUUUUUUAUAUAUAUAAUUGUAAAAAAAUAAAUGCAACAAAAUAUAUAUAUUUUUAAGUAAACAUCUAUAUAUAUAUAUUUGUAUAUAAUAUAUAUGCAUGAGUUAUAGUAAAUCUAAACCUUUCGAAAAAAUAUACUUCUAAUACCGUCCCUGCUACAGCUGUUCAAAGUUGCUUCAGAAUAACUCACCAUCCAAAUUUUGAAAUCAAAACUCGACAAAACAUCUGUUAAGGUUUAAACGCCAUAUUAUUUUUACUGUUAAUAUAAUUACUGUUAAAUAAAUAUGUCUAAAAUAAGAAAUUUUCUAUACAAACGAAAAAUAAUGGCAAUGUUAUAGCUUUAAAUUUAAAAAACACAGUUGCUUGUAAGAAAUAAAAAUGACACUAUUUACUAAAUAAAUAAAAAUAAAAAUAUUAAAAAAAUUGCA